GCUCAUGUCAGGUGGAAGUCGCGCGUAGGUGAGAAACGACCACUGGAGCCUGUCAGGUCCACGAAGGAAGGAGCAGUGGAGUCCUGCCAUUGGCUGCAGGGACCUGGAGCGUUGAUGACCCUUCCCCAUGUCGUGGAGGGUUCCAGCAAGUCACAACAGCGGCUGUAGCAGUGGUGCAGACUCUGGUGUUGUCUGGACUGUCCAGGGUGCGUGGGAGAAGGAAAGACAGAAAGAGACAAAGACAGAAGGCCACACACAUCCUUUCAUUUUGAAGACCGCAACUCGUUUGACUUUUUUUACGGUUUACUGUACAACCAUCUUUUUUUCGGAAUCUCCUUUCGGUUUGUUGGCGACUUUGCGAAGCGCAGCGCGUGCCGCCAAUGUUCACUGGCUGUGUUCAAUAAUUAUUGCAGUCUCCACGCCCCCGCCUUCUCUUCAAAGGGUAAAAGAGCGUGGCAGCCGCGGGCGCCCUCUUAUAGCCCGUGGCAGUGAAGUAUAACAUCCCAUUAGAGCUUCUGAUGCUGGAGACAGGCGCCUCUCGUGAGCUGUCACUUGCGGGUCCUGAUGACCACAGGCGAGCCGCCACUGCCGCCGUACAAUCACUCACCUGACAGCGCAUAAAGGAUAAAAAUCCAGGUGGACGACGAUGGCUUGGCUGAGCCUCACUCCCUGUCUUCUCACCAUCAAGGAGCGCUUCGUCAAGUGCAGACAGUCUCGCUCUCUCAUUCUCUUCAUCGUCUUUGUGGCCUUGUUCCUCGACAACAUGCUUCUGACUACAGUCGUUCCAGUGGUGCCAAACUUCCUACGUAGACUGGAGACGCCCUACCAGGCGGUCAACAGGACCAAGCUGCAGCUGGGUUUGACGGAGAGACCCUGGGUCAACAUCACCUGUCAGGAGGACAAGGGUAGGAGUGGGUCUUCCUGGGUGUCGGACAUUCCCAAGUACUAUGUGCAGACCAGUGCUCCUCCAUUGCUGUGCUACAAUGUCUCCUCCAUCACCAACGAUUCGCAGGAGCUGCUGACGGUGACGGAGGCGAUGCCCACACAGCCCCACAUGGGCAACGAGGAUGUACGGGUGGGGCUGCUGUUCGCAUCCAAAGCAAUCAUGCAGCUGAUAACCAACCCCUUCAUUGGUCCCAUCACAAACAGGAUCGGCUACACCAUCCCCAUGUUCACCGGCUUCGUGGUGAUGAUGACGUCAACAGUCAUUUUUGCCUUUGGACAGAGUUAUCUCGUCCUCUUCAUAGCCAGGACGGUGCAGGGGAUUGGCUCCUCCUGCUCCAGUGUAGCAGGGAUGGGCAUGCUGGCUCUCUACUACCCCGACGACAAGGAGAGGGGCAAUGCCAUGGGUGUGGCUCUGGGAGGCCUGGCCAUGGGGGUUCUGGUGGGACCGCCUUUCGGAGGAGUGAUGUACGAGUUCACCGGCAAGGAGACUCCUUUCCUCAUCCUGGCAUUCCUUGCCUUCUUCGACGGAUGUCUCCAGCUGAUGGCCCUGCAGCCGUCCGUCAAACCCGAGUCUCAGCAAGGUUCGUCGCUCAAGGAACUGGUGAAGGACCCCUACAUCCUCAUCGCCGCCGGGUCCAUAACCUUCGCUAACAUGGGUAUAGCCAUGAUGGAGCCCUCGUUACCUAUAUGGAUGUACCGCACUAUGGGAGCACCCGAGUGGCAACAGGGUAUCGCCUUCUUACCUGCCAGCCUGUCCUACCUCAUUGGCACCAACUUGUUUGGACCCAUGGGACACAAAAUUGGAAGAUGGCUGAGUGCCAUGAUAGGCAUGAUAAUCAUAGGACUUUGUUUAUUUGCGAUUCCUUUCUCUAAAAACGUUGGGCACUUGAUCGCCCCGAACUUUGGAAUGGGCUUCGCCAUCGGCAUGGUGGACUCCUCCAUGAUGCCACACAUGGGGUACCUAGUCGACCUCCGCCAUGUCAGUGUGUACGGGAGUGUGUACGCCAUUGCUGACGUGGCCUUCUGUCUGGGCUUUGCCAUAGGUCCUGCCCUCAGCGGAACUAUUGUGGAGAAGAUGGGAUUCCACUGGAUGCUGUGGAUCAUCGCCAUCAUCACCCUGGUUUAUGCUCCAUUUCUUUUCUUCCUGAGGAAUCCACCUGGCAAAGAGAGAAACAGUGUCUCAUCCUGAACGACAAGUGUCCGGUGCAGUACGUCACGUACAACCAGACCAAUGACAGCAACGCACCGUCCGAUGACGAAGACGGCUACAUGGAGUACUAAAGUGACGUCACCGAGGGACUCCUGGGAACUGUCAGCGGGCGAUCACAGAGAAGUGGCAAGAGAGAGCUGGUGAAUGCUACACGACUUUCACCCACGACCUUUCACCCACGACCUUUCACGUUUUGGCAAUAAAUGUUGCGAGAGACAUAUUGUAGUCCAUAAGGCAAUAUCAUGGCGGACACGCAUGCGCCGUGUCACUCCGACUGGCAAUAAUUACCAAAGUUUAUGCUACUGCUUGCUUCCACGCCCAGGCUUUGCUUGUGUCAGUGUACAGUCAUAAUGUCAACCGUAGUGUCAGCUAGAAACUGCCAGGUAAACAAACUCACUGCUACCUUGUCUCACAGGUGUGCGCAUGCGCAUCGGACUCGUACGACUUGAAAUAAAUUUUGUUAAACUCAACCACCGAGGUGAUGAAAAACGGUUUGAUUGCUGUGAUUCCGGUUGUGAUGAUGAACUACACAUUGACUGAUGUGACUGGUAUCAAUAUGAUGUUGACAAGAGUCGUGGAGUGUGUAGAUGCUGUAGGUGUUGCUAGAUUGUGUGUAGCUCAGAACCUAGAGUUAAACUUGCAGAAGUGUGUAAUGGAUGAUUACCAGAUGACAAUGUAAUGGUAAACCACCUCUGACAAUCACAGUCAGUACAUACCUGUCCUCUGGUGAUGACAGACGACACUUGAUGACAGCAGUUGGAGCGCGUGCAAUGCAAUCGUCUGCUUAACGGUUUUGUUAUUUAAGGUGUGGCGUGUGUGUAUCAAGGAUGACUAAAACCUACUCUGUUGCUUACAUUCACAAAGUUUCUGUGGCUUCAGGUUAGAGAUACAUUCCUGAUUGCGAUGUCUCCUGGAUUAUUGCGCGAUUGGAGUUAUCGUCUGUGGCUUUCUUGUGAGGUCGUGCUUGUAGCACUGUGGUCACGUGCGUGCGUGCAUAUGUGUGUAUGUGUCUGUGUGUGUGUGUGUAUGUGAGAGAGAUAGUGUGUGCUUGAGUCUGUGUGUGUGAGAGAGCGAUAGGGAUAGUGUGUCUGUGUGCAUGCAUGUGUCUAAAAGCCUGCACACGAGCGAGUGUUUACCUACGUGUCUACCUGUUUCUGUUUAUAGGCGUGAUGGUCUGACUGUACAUACAAUUGUGAUGAGUGUAGGUGUGAUAGUGCAUCCCAAUCUACAUCUGUAUAAACUUUCAAUCGCGGCAGAAAAUGAGCCCAGUGUCCCCUGCAUAAUUGUUUUCUUGUUUAUUUGUAGUGAGCUUAUUCAUAAAAAGUGAAUCAUGAUAUACAACAUCAACCUCAGCAACUUUGUCGCUGCUGUUCACCUGAUCACGAGAGGAUCGCCGAACACAACAGCCAUCGAGAUGAACGAUAAGCGAAGACAUGGCCUCUUGUCGGUGAUAAAAGCAAAUAAGGUAUCCCAUAAAUAAAAUACAGGAAUUAUAAAAAAAAAUUCCAGGUUUCCAGGAGCUUUCUGUGACAUUACACAGUGUAAGAAAGCAAAAAUGUUGCAGAUGGAAAAACUGUGUCUCGCAAUAAAACAGCAAACCAGAGCUAAACCACGAGGAAAUGGCUGUAAACACUACCGGAAGCUGACACACAUGUGAAUCAUAAAAUAAUACAAUAGUCAAAUCCAUAAGAUUCAAUCACAUACAUCAAACUUCACAGGAACAAUCACACUCAAACAAAAAUAAGUCGGGCGGUACUUUCUGUUUAUAUAAAUCGUGAAAUAAUAAAACCUGAACUCAGUGGAUAUAGAACAGCUUAAUAUUGUCAGUGAAUAUAGAUAAGCCUUUAAAAUAUCCCCAAAAGUCCACCUGAGUUAUAGUUGCUUGUGUAUUUGUUUAUUGCUCUGCUGCACUCUAGCACGACAAGAAGCUAAAUAUUUGUGUGCACCUUGACCAGACUGGACGGUUGCUAGCACCUGGUCGCCAGGUGAUGUCAUGAUCUCAUUAGUCUGGCUUUACAGUCAGUUGUAUCCUGUGUUUGCGAGAAUGACAUGCACAUGACAAGAGCUGUGUACUUCGGGUGACUGGACACAUUAAACGGUUGGGUCUUGAUUGCAACCCACUGCUAACAGAC